CUUGUCAUAUUUAUUUGCUAAUUUGAGUAAAUUUCACUUGUAAAUAUAAGUACAUUGUACUUAAGUUUUCAAAGUGGGUGUUCCCAGCAUAUACUGGGCUUGAAUAAAUAAUGAACUUGCAUGGUUUCAGUGUUUGCAAGUUUAUUUACACCGUUUUUAUUGUUAAUGCUGUGGUUACGUUUGGUAACUUCUUGUUUUGUGCAGUCUGAAGUUCAUUUUCUACUCAAAAUGACCCUUUCAAGAUAAAAAAAAAAAUAUAAAAGAUCUGAUGAUUGUCACCUUCAUCAUGUUUUGUGCACCAAGUGUUCAGUUGUUCAGAAUGGCUCAAGCAGACAGCAAGGCUCUGGCUUUGGGAGUUCUGGCCGGGGCUGCAGGGAUCAGCUUGGCCAUCGUCUUCUUCCGCAAAUCUGGAGCCAGUGGUGGCCGAGUCCUGCAAAUGAGAAGUACCGCAGAUCACAAAGGAGUCAGUGUGGUUCAGCGGUCAGGCCAGGGAGAAGUGUUGGAUCGGUUGGGUGCUCUGAUACAAUGUGUUUCUGAACUCAAGGAGGAAGUGAAAGCCCUGAAGGAUGCUCUUCCACACCUGCAGGACAAUGUCAGAGAUCAGCUGAUGGGCCGGAGCAUGGAAGAUAUUGGUGCUCGCAAGGUGGGUCCUCUACAUAGGACUCCUACCAGGAGAAAAAGAGCAGGUGCCCCAAUGAGGAGUGAAGGACAAAGCUCAGAAGAGGCAGAGAGUGAAGGAGGGUAUAUUACUGCACUGACAGAUUCUGAGGAAGAGGAAAGUGAAGAUGAUGGAAAGUCGGUGCAUGAACCAGUCGAUGAACUCACAGCACUGCUGCAGAAAGCAGACCGACUGCACACAUGCAAUGGGGCAGAGAAAGCACAAGGCCUGGAUGCUCUGCUGGACAGGAAAGGAGAGUUUGAGCAGAAGGACCAGUACCUUUGGAGACUGUCCAGAGCAUAUGCAGAUGCCCAUGAUUUCGCCGUGGACCUUGCAGAGAAAAAGAGCUGCGCUGAGAGCGGGAAAAAGGCUGGUGAACAGGCAAUUUCCAUCAAUCCACUGUGUGCUGAAAGUCAUCAGUGGUAUGCUAUACUUUGUGGACUCCUGUCAGAAUAUGAAUCCAUCCAGAAUAAAAUAAAAAAUGGCUACCUUUUUAAGGAUCAUCUGGAUAGAGCAAUUGAGUUGAAACCGAAGGAUCCUCUGUCGUAUUACCUGCUGGGUCGCUGGUGUUAUGCUGUGUCACAGUGUACGUGGAUUGAGAGGAAAAUAGCUGCGACUCUGUUCGGAGAACCACCCAGUGCCACAGUCCAGGAAGCCUUGCAGAACUUUCUCAAGGCAGAAGAGAUCAGUCCAAAGUACUCAAAAUUCAACUACGUGUUUUUAGCCAAGUGUUACAAAGACUUGGGCCAGAGGAUUCAAGCCAGACAGAUGUGUGACGCUGCUUCUACAAUGAGCAUUGUGACUAAAGAGGUGUUUUAUUUUUUUUCAGGGAUUUUUGAGAAUCCCUUUUUGAUAAAGAAACUCUUUGGUGUAACCAUGGUGCUUGAAGUGGGCUGUUACCUCUACGGAUAACCCCAAAUUCUGCUCUAUUAAUAGUACCCAACGUUAUUCUUGUGUACUGGAAGCUCUUAUAAACUGCCGGUACUCUCUUUGUCGACUGAUUUUUGACUAUCAGCAUUAAAUUUGGUGUAUAUUUUAAUUUAAUUUGACCAAGAACUGCCCAUUUAGAUAAGAUGGGCCAUCUGACAGAUUUAGGGGCAGACAAUGGUUUGCUUAACAUUACAUCGUCAUGGCAACAAAGUUGUAAAAUGUGAUAUAAAUUUACACAGAAAAGGUUAGUAAGCAAUUUUAUCACACUGAAAUCAUGUUAACACGCAUAUUGUUUAUGCCUUGUGGCUAAUACUUUUGAAACUGAGUAUUUACGGAUUUUCCCCAUUCACUUCCAUUGUAAGUGCCUUACUAUAACCUUGAUUUUUGCUUCUUUUUUAAAGAAAAGGAGGGAUGAUUCAAAAUAAAGGUUUGAUGGUUGAUGUAAACAUUAACUGAAGCUCCUGACCCACAUUUGAAUGAUUUUAUGUUUUGCUCUGUUGCCACACGAUUGGCUGAUUAGAUAAUCGCAUGAAUAAGUAGGUGCAUAGGUGUUCCUAAUAAAGUGCUCAGUGUGUGUGUGUGUGUGUGUGUGUGUGUGUGUGUGUGUGUUUGUUAUCUGGGAGCAUCAAUGUUUCUCACUUCAAGCACUGUAUUUUUCACUGUACUUUAUACUUUAAAAUUCUUGUAAUUCCUUCCCAGUAACUGAAUUGUUUUUGAUCUCUCUAAAGGACGAGGAAGCACAAAAGGAAAUGGACUCUCUGCUUGUAUCACUUUAAUUGAGCAGAAGAGCAAAAAAGCUGUCUUCCUUUGUUCCAUCUCCUCUCUGGACUCAACGGUGACUGGACUGUAGCUGUUUAUCCACAUACUGCAGAAACACAUAAACUACAAAUGUUGGGCAACAUGUGAUGUAGACUUGCGAAAAAGAACUAUUUAUUGGCAUUUUUAGUGCCCCUACUAAAAGGGAAUCCAUCGGCAGUAUUUUAUAUUUUCAGGCAGAAAUUUCGGUUUGUUUUUAGUUUACACAUCAAGUACUGUUUUGCAGGACGGUCUUAGGAUGGUUCAUUCCUGUUCUGUUUUUUUUCUUCUCUCAGAGCAUUUUAAAAGUAACAGCAAUGGCUACAAUCUGUAUCUGAAUCUGCUACAGUCUCCUAUUGGCUACGACAUGCCUUCCAUUGGCUGUUGUUACAGUUCUUUCAUUCAUACAAUAACAUAUAAUCUCUUGAAAUAUCCACAAGACACAAGGGAUGAUGUCAUUUUUUAGGUUCUGUAAAGAAAGCAUGGACUCAGGCAGUCAAAAUCACAGUAGUUUAUUUUGAUGAAGUCCCUUUGACUGAUGUCAUCUGCCAUCGUCUUCUAAAUGCAAUGUUGAUAUGAGACUUUGUACUAUCGUGAAGUUCUCUCAUUUUUUUUAGAUAUGCUUGUAUCAUUUUGUUUUUUAUAAUUGUGUAAGCCUUUGAUUAAGGAUGCCCAAUUAGCUCCAUCUGGAUUUAAUCGUUUUUCUGGGUUCUUUCUGUGGAAUAUGUAGGAUAUUAUUGUUUGUAUUGAAUAUUAGUCAGUGAUUUUGAUUAAUAUAAUAUCAAGUUUUGUUUGACCAAAUAUGAUUGAUCAAUCACCCCUCCUCCACUGCAUUAUAGAAAUUGUGGGGACCAUAUACUGUAAGUGGAAAUUUGUAUUUUUUCCCCUUAUGUCAUUGCAAAUACUUUAUUGUUUUAAAAAAGUUUUUUGUAUUUAAAAUGAUAAUCUAGGAUUAAGAAUGUAAAAGGUUAUGUAAUAUUACAGGAUUGCACUUGCUCUAUAACAGUGGUACAUUUUAGAUGGUUUAUGAUCUGUACAAUACAUUGAAAUUCAUCAUUGCUGCUCAGUAUAAUAUACAAUAAGGUGAAUUCAGACUGUGUGUUAUAAAGUGAUUUAUUGAAUUGAGUUAUUCUUGUAUAUUUCCUUCCAUGUAGAAGAUGAAGUGUGUAAUUUCUGCCCCACAAGCU